AUGGGAGCAGAGCAAUUCAACGAUCUCAACGAUCAAGGGAUUUUCUUCAAUUGGUAUUUUCUAGCUUUGUAUGUGGCCAAUAUCUUCAGCUUCACAGCCAUCAUCUAUAUUCAGGACAAUGUGGGUUGGGGAUUAGGGUUCGGAAUAUGUUGCAUAGCAAAUGGUGUUGGAUUGGUGGUGUUCUUGUUGGGGAAACGAUUUUAUAAGAAAGUUAAACCAAAGGGUAGCCCAUUCUUAAGCAUAGCAAGAGUACUGGUUGCAGCAAUAUGGAAGAGGAAGAUGUCAUCAGCAAAUUCAACAGAGAAUGAUUAUUAUUAUGAAGCAGGUGUCUUGGCUGACAAUUUCCUCAACUGUGCAGCCUUGAAAAUUGAACAAGUGAAACAAUUUGAAGGCUCACAUGGAAAUUCAUGGACGCUAUGCACUGUGAGAGAAGUGGAAGACCUCAAAGCCCUAAUAAAGAUCAUGCCACUGUGGUCUACUGGCAUCUUCCUAAGCACUCCAAUAGGCAUUUUCAGCAGUCUUACUGUACUCCAAGCCCUAACCAUGGAUAGACACCUUGGUCCACACUUCAAAAUCCCUGCUGCUUCAAUCAUAGUGUUCAACCUUUUAGCCACAGCCAUCUCCAUCUUCAUAAUUGACCGCUUCAUACUCCGCAAGUACAAGAACCUCACUGGACGAACUCUAACACCAAUCAAACAAAUAGGGACUGGACAUAUUAUUAACAUUAUAGCCCUAAUUGCGUCUGCAUUAAUUGAAAGGAAACGACUUGGAGUGGUAAGAGCACAUAGCCUCAUGAAUCAACCUGGUUCAGUGGUGCCAAUGUCCGCCUUUUGGCUUGUGGCGCAACUGUCGCUUAUCGGAAUCGCUGAGGGAUUUCAUUUCCCAGGACAAGUUUCAUUAUGCUAUCAAGAAUUUCCAAAAUCAUUGAGAAGUACCUCCACUGCUAUGAUCUCAUUGUUGAUUGGAAUAGGAUAUUAUCUUAGCACUGCAGUCACUGAUUUGGUAGACAGGACCACGAAUUGGCUACCAGAUGAUAUAAAUCAAGGAAGCCUUGGCCCUUAUGGUGAAGUUGUUGGAGCCUUGUCGCCCUUGUGCACGUACUUCCUCGCCCAAACAUGCUUGCCUCUGAUAGUGAAUUUGGCCUUAUUGGUGUUGUUCUGGGAGAGGCACUUGAAACGGCUCACGGACUCCGUCAGGAUUCUAUACAAUGCCAAUCCUCAGCUUCUUUUCGGACCCAACAAGACUUUGGUUCCAUUACCAUCACUGGCGGCUGAUUCUCUUUUGCUUCAGUCAAGGGUUGGUGAUCUUGUUAAUGAUUCGAUGAACAAAGUGCUGCCGGUUGCUUUGGAGGGGAGGAGUGACGGGGAGGAGCUGUCGAUUACUACUUUGGUUAGUGGCAAUUUGGGGAGAUUGGGUGAGAGUGGGGACUUGGAGCUUGACAGAAAUGGUGAGGCUCUUGAUGAAGACAAUGAAGCUAAGGAGCAAACUAUCGACUGUUUUGAAGUACAGACAGCUCCUAUUAGUGAUGGUGUCCUACCAGGAAUUAUACGCCAACUAGUCAUUGAGCAAGCGCUCUCUUACUGUUGA